GACUGGUAUAAUUAAUGUACACUAGUGUGUAUUUUCGAACAUAGCCUAAAGUUUUGACCAGUUGAAAAGAGAAGAGGAAGAAGAAAACUUGCUGAAAAGCACCAACUAUGGUUACUAGUGUUAUUCAGUGCAUGUCUUUUCUCGAUACUUCUCUUAUGGGUCCUAUUAAUUUCCUUGAAUUUUACUUUUAUAUGUUAUUGCAUUUUGGCCAUAUAGGCUUCUGAUUUAAGAACCUGGUGUCAGUCUUUAUCAAAGAAGAAGGGAAAAACCUUAGUAAAUCUUUAUCAGCAAGCGACUAAAUCAACUAAAUAAUGCUGAUAAUGUUGAUAAACAUAUUUAAUAUUAUUUCUGAUGCUACCGUAGUUUUCACUGCAUUGACUUGCCUUUGUCAAGCCUCAACAUGUUGCAAAUAAUUUCUUUAGAGCAUUUGCAAAGUUUUCUAAAAUUUUUGGAGAAUGUGUAUUCAGUGAUCCACAGUGAUUGUUAAAUCUCUGAUUAUUUGGUUAUUACGCGCCAUGGAGAAGCAGAAGCAGAUAAAACAGAAAAAGAAACGGGAUAAACUACGUCAUUUGAUUCUGGAGCAUCAAAUACCAGAUGCUCCUACACUGGAGGAAUUUGAGUGUCUGCUUGGGGAAUCACCUACGAAUUAUCCCAAAGGUGAAGCUGUAGAAGAUAUAGAGAGCGAAUUACAUUCAGCUGCUAUCGAUACGGAAGUUUACGAGAAGCAGACUGCUGAGAAAGAAGCUCAUGAGAAGAAAUAUAAUCAACAAGUUGAAACAACAAAUGAGGUAUUGGCUAAAAACUCUCAUGAUGAAGUUGACACUAUUCAACCUUGUCUGGUGUCUGACAAUGCUUCAAACAAUCAAAUAGAUCAGAUACAAACAGGCAUGUCUUUAAUUCAACUAAAUAUAUUACCGACUACUUCAGAAAAAGUCAGUCAAACAGUUCAAGAAGAUAUGGCCAAAGUAAAUAUUCUAUGCCAGCAGAGUUUGUCAAAUCAAAUAGAAAUUUUGGAGAUCAAACAAGAUAUAGCGAAUGCAUUCAAGAAUGUGAAACCAUUUACAGAACAGCAACUGGCAUCUUUGUAUCAGAACCAAGAGUUGAUGUUGGUAGAUUCUUUCAUAACUGAGUUUACAGAGACACAGUUGAGAUGCGCACCACUGAGACAACAGCACAGACUGCAUGAGCUGUUGAUGAGCUACUUGAGAGUACGGAAUCAUCUGAUCGCAAAGUCAUACGAGUUAGAGCAUCUGAAAAAGAAUUGCCGGGAGAUACAGAAGCAGCUCUGGUGUCUAGAGAAAACAUCAGAGACGGAAAGCGGUGAAUGCCAGGAUGGCAAUCCUGUCACUGCUACUCACGAGUAUUCAGUCGCUCAUUUCAACCAACAGGCACUAGUAGCACUCUCCAAGACGCUAUCGGCAAUCAAGGAUACUCUACAUGACAGCCAGGCAUUGUACUGCUAUGAGGCAGAAUCGCUGCGUCUGCAAAUUGAACAUUAUGUGCAGAGAGUCACUAGGAGUUUUAACGAUUUUGCUAAUCUUUUACCAACUGCCCCAGCGAAUCUUCUACCAGAGCAAUCACCAUUCCAGAUAACCCCACAAUUAGUGGAGCUUAGAAUGUGCAUAACUGUUCUAUUCAAUUUUCAGCGUCGAAUUCUCAAAGAUGGCAAAUUCGUCACAGACACUAGAGAAUGGUUAUCGAAACUAGUUGCAGUGCUUUUGAGGAUUGCCACUUGGCAGGAUCAUUUGUUUUUGCUGAAUCAUAUAUUGCGAUGUCCCGGUGGUGUGAUGAAUUGGGCGAAAUACUUCGUGCAAGUGCCAGUUCCGCCAAAAGUCUCAGGAUUAAGCUCUUCGCCGUUCAAUGAUCCAUAUCUUAAUCACAUGGUCGUUAUUCUCGCAGUAAUUCUGCUACCGAUUAAGGAUCGGGAUAAAUUCUUGGAACAGGUACAGGUAUCUUUGCAAGAUACUACAAACAGCCCAGAGGAUACAGUAUGGGUAAUGUUAGACGAAGAGGGCGAGGAAGACGAAGAUAUUGCUAAUAUCGGCGCCAAUCUUUUUGAAAGUGACCUGAUUUCUCUUCUCCAUCAAAUUCCACUAGACAGACUCUUUGAGCAGGUACUGUUUAUUCAGCGUCAGAAUGACAAGUACGAGCAAGAAGGGAAUGCCAUCACGGAUCAUCACAUGUUGCGUCUUUUUGCGUUUUAUGGUGUGCUCAUCAAACUAUUAAAACAAGGUCUAAGAUCUUAUGAUUCUCCAAGAUAUAGGCAAUUAGCUAAGAGACUCAGUGCGUUGAUCAGAGACAUCGUUCAAUACGCCAGUGAUCAAUGGGAGGCUUUUGAUAAGAGCAAAGUAACCGAUGAGUCGAUGCUGCUGAAACUUCAGAUCGAAUACGAUUGCUUUUUUUUAAAAGCGAUUCUCUGUAUAUUUUCAUCUCGACGGUUAGGUGCCUGGCAGUAUCUUGCCGCACUACCAUACCAUAUUAUAUCAUCUACUACACUAUGGCAUAUUUUUUAUAUUCUGCAUACCGAUUCCAUAUCUGGUGACAUAACAACAUUAGAUACAUCAGUCUCUGAUUGGGAAAGGAAACUGAGUUGCCCUGAACUUCAUGAGCAGUUCGAAGAAAAGCUAGGCAAUAUGCCCGGUGAUGAGUCAUACUUUCUAUUAACAACUUUUGCUAAUAUGGCCAUGGCUAGAGGCUAUAAAGAUUAUGAUUUUGUGAGAACAACCACAAUUGAUUUGUUUCAAAUUGGAUUUCUCAGCGAGAAAACUCAAGAAUCUUGCUCAAAGGAUGCAAGAUCGCUUUUAUCAAAUUUGACGAGCAAAUAUCCUACUCUCUUGUCUGAUAUCUUGCAAAAAUUGAAGGAUAAUUUUGUAUCAGUUGGAAAGCUGAGUUUAUAUUUGUUCACUGAAUUGAAAAUAGAAAUGUGGAUACCACAACAAGACAUAGCAAUUCUGUCCACUUGGUUGCAUCAACAUCCUUUAACUUCAUCUGAAAGUCAUCUAGCUCGAUUAAUUCUUACACAUUUGAAUUGGGGCCUUAACACAAAUGAUGAUCUAUAUCUUCCAAUCGAUUUACAUCGACAAGUGGCCUUACUGAUUGUCGAACUUACAAUGAAAUAUGUACCUGAUACCCCAGUACAAACAGCUUCAUUAUUAGCCGAAGGUGUAAAGCAAGUUUCCUCAAUGGUAAGACCUCAGAACAGCGAGCAAGCGUUCAGCUUGUGGGCUUGGGAAAUGAUAAACAGAUUGAAGUUGCACCAGUUAGACCGAUCGGAAUCCCUUUGUCAAUAUACCAUCUCAAAUCCGGCUGAGGGUCUCUAUUGCGUACCUAACAUAGAAUCAGAUUCUUUCUUAGAGAUUCUGAUGAAAGGAAUACGCGAAAGGCAACCAAUUGCCAGCUAUGUUUCGGUGCUGAUGACUCUGUGGGGUCAUUCAGUGCCGUUGAUUUGUGCCGAAGGCUUCAGCCAAUUGCAAACCUUGCAAUGCUAUUAUAAAUACGAACAAGUGCUAAUAUGUUUGUAUCAUAUUAUACCGUUGUUCCUUGAAUGUCCGGAUUCUUUGUUAAAGAACGACAAAUUUAUCAGCCUGAUUGUGCCACUUAUUAACGCCGACCGAACAUAUAUGAAGAUAGCGAAGAACUUAAUCGCUCCGGAAUUUCCUGGUCCAAUUCUUAGGCAAUUUUCAAACAUGAUCGAAUCUCAUUUGUAUCAUUAUAAACGGUAUUGCUUAAACAAUUCAGAACGUUUCGUGCAUCUAUGGCUAAAUGUAUUGGUACUCGUCCAAGAUUGGAAUAAAGAUUAUAGCGUGAUGUAUUUGAUAGACAAUGUAAUCCGUGUAGCGUUCUUUCAUUUAGAAACCAGGGCGACAAUGGAGAAUAUGUUUCAAAAUCUCGUCUAUCCUGCUAUAGACGGAAUUAAUGAGAAUAUAUCAUCCAAUCGAGCACCGGGAUCGUUUGGAUCAUUUUUAAGUUGGGCAACAGGAUCUUCUAACUCAGCAAGUCUUCUGGGUGGAACCAUUCAAAUGAUAUGGCUUGCUUAUCAAAUCUUGUCAAUUGAGCAAUAUGAUAGAGAGCUUAAAACCGGAUUAUGGCGCGAAAUUCUACGGGAACUAUCUAUGCAAUCCAAGAUUUCUUUAGACACUGCGCUCAAGAGAGCUUGUGCAACAGUUAAGAUGACACCGUUUGGAGUAAGCAACCUGGCUAUCUAUCGCUGGUCUCAACAAGCUCUUGAUACACCCAUGGAUCAUCCAAUUUUGCCUCUCUUGUGGCAAAAUUUUUGUUUAUUCCUAGCACGAACUCCUACUACCCCGGGAUCUAUGGACAAAGGUGGGGUUGGAGAAAAAUUCUUCGAAGGGAUGAUAAAUUUAAGCUAUUUAAAAAAAUUGAAAAAACGGUUGCACGAGACGACAGAAUAUUUCCAAGCGAAAGGAGAGAAAGAUACAGAUAAUGAAAAACCGAUGACAGAUGAACGGCGUGUAUUUUACAUCAGUGUUGCAAAGUUUUACAAAACGUUGACUCUGUGGCUGGAAGAACCUCGACUUCAGGAACCAGGACUUUAUCUUCCAGCCUUGCCACCACAGUACAUGUCGCAAAAGUUAAUUUUACUGGUGCAAGGAGAUCGAACUCUUUGGCUGGAAUACAUCGAUUAUUGGGCAGUAGAACAGAGUCAGUUAAAGGCUGUUUACGAGUGGGAACGUACAACGUUCCGCGAUUCCGAGAAUCAAUAUCAGAAAUUUUUACAACCUUCGUCAAACGUCGUAGAAUCGAUCGAUCCUCUCUGCAAAAUCUUCCGCAGGCUGAAUUCCUAUGAACCACCGGUUCCACCGCCGCCAUUGAAUCGAAAUCAACCAGUGCUAGCCUGCAUAGCUAGGGAAUGCCUCUACAACUCCGCUACCGUUAUUGACUUAGUCAAACCAUAUCUCAAAGUCAUCCUUGAUUACGCGCAAACCUAUAAUCUGAUGGUAUCUGAGCAUAUCGCGGUAGAUUGCAGCUUUCUUGAACUAAUCCCAACUCUUUAUCGGAUUUACGAAAAUCAUGUUACUUUAUACGCUCUCUGUGACUCUGUGCCAUCUAACCAGAGGCGCACUAGAUCGGGCACACCUCCCACGGUACACUGCGCAGGUCCUGCGAUCAUCGAUAUUACAGUUGAGGAAGCGCAUGUCAAUGAAGGCGUAGACCAUAUGAUAACCCAGAAUCGGGCGGAGUAUGAGAAUCUCUUGGUGAAAGCUAGUCAACCGCCACCCAGCAAAGUCACUGUAGGCUGCGUCUUCAUCGAUUAUUUGAUCGCGAUGCUGGAGCAUGAAUUAAUUGUCAGUCGCACUAACGAAAACACCGCGGUACUUCAUAAAGUACAAAAGAGCGGAGUCAAAUUGUUCUAUCACCUAAUAGAAUUCUAUACAGAGGAAGCAGCGCUAUGUCCUCCCACAAAACAACUUAUCACUACAUGCUUGGAAAAGUUAGGCCAGUUGUUUAUCAGUGGCGAAGAGACUCAGGGUCCGCAAUUAUUAAGCACCAUCAUCCAGAAACCUAAUCUCGGAGGCCUAUUGGGACCACACUUUACUCCCGUUGCCGGAGGAGCCUCCACAUUCUUGCAGAUGUAUCAAACCGUCGUAGAUUUGUCUACCGGAUCCAACGUAGACUUAUGCUUCGUGUUGCUCUCAAAGUUUGACGUCAGCAGUUGGUUGAAUUAUCGUCGUCCGCGAUUGAGCGAAAGAUCUACCUUCAUAGAUUUAGUUUCUAGAGCUUUAUGCAACAUUGGCUUGAAUCCUGAAGAAGAGAAAUUGAUGCUACAUGAACUAUUUCGAAAUCAUCUACGACUCAUUCUUCUGCAUGAAUUCCCCGAACACUAUGGUGAGGUAUUGAGCGCAGUGCUAAGAGGAUCCGAGAGCCAGAAUCUAUCUCUAGAUGUGUGGCGCGACUUGCUAGGAGCUCUCAGCGGCAAAUCGAGAAAUAUCGCGCCCUCUCAAAAUUUUCCCAAAAUCCGGGAUGAGAUCCGACACUAUGCCACAGAACAAAAGUUGCUUUCUCGCCAAGAGAUGCAUGAUACUGCUGUGCUUCUGAGCCGACAUUUCAUGAAAGAAAGAUUGCAAUAUGGAUUGUAUGGGCUUUAUCCGAAGUAUAGAAGUUACAACGAGCCUUUGACCAUAUUUUUAGGUAUGGUCGGCCAUGCUCUGGUUGUAUUGACACUACAGGCUGACAGAGGAUCGCUCGCCGAUCAAUUAUGUGAGAAGAUCUGGCCAGUAUUGAGCGAGAUGUAUGCCCCAUGGAUCACUCCGUAUUGGACAAGGAAUCUGCGAGAACCAACAGCCGCGUGGAUCCAGCAAUUGACAGAUGACAGAUCAGUACUGCUACCAUGGAUUAUCACUGACGGCCCUUACGCGAAUCGGACGAUGGCCAUGUUCGCUGAGUGCAUUCGUUUCAUCAUUGACACCAUGCCGGCGUCCAGCAAGAUUCUCAGCUUCGUUUGGCAGUUUUAUGUAUCCAAUUAUGCUCAUGUUGCCGUUAAGGACCACGUACUGAAUGUCGUGCACGGUAACAUGCUGUCUUUUCCUUGGGAUCACUUUUGCCCGUCUAUCAACGACAUCGAAUUAAUGAUCAAGGUGAUUGAUCAAUAUCUGCCAGACUGUCACUUAUUCUUAGGAAGUAUCUUUACCUGGAUUAAUUGGACUGCUUGGAUCGGCGAGUUAAUGGCCACGCAAGCAUUGCCGAUCGCUGCCAGAAUGCACGUUUGUCUACUGAAUUUGCUAGUGAAAUUGUCGAAUGAACCAAAUGUCAGACAGAACGAAAAAGCAGUGCAAUUAGUCAUGGAAGCCGAAAGUUUUUCUUGGCACUUAAUCGAUGCCGCGGCAUACGAUCAAGUUAUUAAUUGGCAUGUUAUGAGUUGCGAUCCCAGGGUGAUCCUAUGUCUGGGUAAGGACCAGACUCAUCCUAUCGACACAGCUAUUAAUAACUUACUGAAGAUAGCAGCAGCCUAUGAUCCCACAGUAAAACAUUUUCAUCCUACCACAUUGAAAAAGAGACAAAUGUAUGUACGUUCUUCAGUGAAAUUACUAAUCAACUGCACUACGAGACAUAAAUCUCUCCUCUCAACAAACGGCAAGGCAUUCACUAGCACAUUGUCACGGAUGCUCGACGAAAUGGAAACAAUCAUCACUAGCAGUGAGUACUCGAAAAUAUUUUCAAUUCGAAGAUUUAAAGUAUAUACGAAUAAAUCAGCUUACUUGGAUCGAGGAUUAAAUAGUAAUNNNNCAACAUGGUUGACAGAACGAACAGCUAGUAGUCCAGUACUGAUGGGAAUGUUAAGAGUGAUCGGAAUGGCAGUCGCUUCCUCGUCUACCCUGGGUCAUCUCAUGGAGGCUGCCUUGGAGGCUUACUUCAAACACAAUAUAACAGAAGACAUUCGACCUACAUGGGCGUCGGUACUGACAAUCCUGCAACCCGUGAUACCACGUCAGCCACCAUUAGAAUCCGUAUUAGUGUCAGACGGAAGAUUGCUAGCCCUCUACUCUGUUUUGCUGAAAAGACUUCCAUCCUGCAGGGAUAUCCGAGAAGAGGGUAUGCUUCUGAUUAAUCUAGUGGACUGGAUCAGUGCUAUUAAAACCACAGAUAUUGUGGAGGAAAAAUUGCCCUUAUUAUGGGCGAAAGCGUGCGAACUGAUCUACAGACAAUGUCAGUAUAGUGAGAACACAGUGAUUGCUGCGAGAGCCUUGAAGGGAUUGGCACGAGCGUUAUUAAUGGUAGCAGACGAUGCGGGACAAGGAUGGGGUAUCCUGGGAGCUAUCGGAUUAAGGAAAGGAUCUCAGCUCACUAUACGAUGCAAAUUUUUGAGUCGUGCUAUUGCCGUCUACUGUUUGGCACAAUUACCGGAAUCCAAAUCCGAUCAGCAGCUAGUCAGAUACACUCCGCACUCGCCUGGUGUGGCGCCUUUAAGAUCGACCGAUCCGGACACAAUAGAGAUCCGUCCUAGUACGGAGGCUGUGAAAGCAAUGCAGAGCUUAGAGGGACUUCUGAUAAACAAGCAGUACGCAGAGCUACGGGGAGACGUGGAAAGAGCCAUUCGAUUCAUCAAGGAUUCUGCUAACUCUCUUCAUAAUGCCGUCGAGAUCGUCGGCGCACUUACCACAGAGCUCUACAAUCAAAGAUAUCUGCAUGUGCUGACAGAGUGAUACUAGUUUUAUUUAGAUUUAGUGACGAGCUGACGUCUCAAAUCAUUUCGAAACGCAUAUGACUUUAUAAGAUUCUCGAUCGGAAAUCGAGCUUUCAAAUCGUUCUAGUAGUUCUUUCAAGAUUUUCAAACAUUUUUAAUAUCUGAUGGUUGAUUUUAAUCUUGUUCCAAGAUUUGCAAAAAUUUCCGAGAUAUUGAAUACAUCAAGUAAAUUCUAUACUGAUUAAAUGCUUGAAAAUUUACGGCAUUAAAUGUCCAGUAUUAUGUAAAUUUCAUUAAGUGAUACAUUUAAAUUGAAUGCUCGUUAAUUUUGAAAACUAAGAUUAUAUCAUUAUUAUGAUAUGACUAUACGUUCAUAUUGAUAUUCAGUCAAAUCGAUCAAAUUCCGAACAAGUACAAUAGUGAUAUGAUCUCAAUCUUAAAAAUUGCGUUUAAAUUAUUUAGAUCUGUACUGAUCUAGUCAUAAAACUCUUUUUUUAUUUGAGACGUAAAAUUUAGAAUGCAUUCAAUUUAAAUGCAUCCAUCUAUAUCGAUACUGUACGAUAGAUAAGAAUAUUUGCAUAAUUGUUGUUUAUUUAUGUAGCCAAUUCGGAAGGCAUUGAUGCUUUAGUACCUGCAUACACGAACCCUAUGUUAAAAUAAUGUAAUAUUUGAUUUAUAUUUACAUAUAUUAAGAUUUUGACAACGUAAUUAAUUUGUAAAUAUGAUUAUUGCCAUUUUAUUAUUGAAACUGUGUGAAAAGACCAAUAACUAUCAUAAAAAUAUUGUUGAUCAAUGAAUAAAAAACGAAUUGAUUAAA